UUACCCCAGUCCCACCCACACUCACACGCUCGACUUUCAUCUCUGUCAGUUACGGCUCACGAGCUGCAAAGCUCCCUCUCUCUCCUUUUUCCUUCUUCUAAUCACUCUCAAAAACAAAACAAAACAAAAUAAUUAUCACAAGAAUUUUAGGGUUUUUUCAGAAACAAACAAUUGAAACAAGAUAAACAAAAAGGGGAACCGCAACGACUUCAUUCUCUGUAUUUUUUUUUUUUUUGUCCUUAUCAUAUUUUAACAACGCAAAAUCCUAGGGUUUCAUGUUCUUCGUAGCUCUUAUGUCUUAUGAAUGGAGAUUACCACCCCUACUUUUUUCUCGCCUCAAUCUCUCGUAGCCGGGGUUUUUACGCUUUUUUGUCUACUUCUCGCUCUCGCCGCCGUCCGAUCGACGAAAUCUCCGAAAAGAACGGACAGCACUGGUGCUGCCGCGUCGGAGAAGAAGAAGGCGUGUAAUUGCUCGUGUGCCUGCAACGGUGUUGUGGCAAAUAAUCAAGAAUCCGCGGAGUCGGAGAUGUUGGAGGUAGAGAGAAGUAUGACGGUGGAGGCGCCGGAGCGUGGAAGCGGCGCGUCGAUGAUGGAGCAGUUGGUCCCUGAGAUUACGACGCACGCGCUCAGUUAUUUGGAUUAUCCGAGUUUGUGUCGGCUUUCGAUGACUAAUUCUUUGAUGAGAAAAGCUGCUAAUGAUGAUAAUGCUUGGAAAGCUCUUUAUCAUAAGGAUUUUACAUGGGAGCAAGAUAGUGUGAUGCCGGUCCGUGGUUGGAAAGCCUAUUAUGCAGCUACCAGAGCUAUUGUGAAUGUGAAUGCAGAGUUUUUUAACAUCAUCAGAGAGAGGUCCCUUCCCGCGAUGAGUCAUUUCUGGCUUAAUGCAGAUUAUGUAAAGUGUAUUCAUGCAUCAGGAGAACUUUUUUCAGGAUAUAACUCUGUGAUUCAGAGUUGGCAGCUUGCAUUUAAUUGGGAACAAGGGGUUGAUUUUCAGGUUCAGGAUGUAAAGGCUCGGGUGCAGACAGACAUAGCUUGGGUUACCAUGAAAACCUAUAUAGACAUCGAUGCGGGGCCAUUUAACAUGACAAAUGUGUUUGAAUUUCAUAAUGGACGGUGGUACAUGGUGCACCAUCACAGUUCAGUGAUGCUUAUUGAUGGAGAGGUGAAUCAACAAGUUGUGCAUGCGUAAAGAGAAAAAAGAAGAUGAUACCAUUGAUAACUUGGAUAUACUGGAUACAGAAAUAGUGAUAUUAUUAGGAUGAGCAAGUCGCUUGAAUUUGUCUAUGAUUUCAUUGGAAGGUCCUUUAAGCUUUUCCAACCUCCAUUUUUGGUUGUUUUGUGGUAGAAGAGGUCCUUUUUGUCGCAUUUCUCUGUCUAUUCUUUGCUUUAUAAUUUCCAUUAUUUUCUUUUUGUAAUUUUUCACUUCAUUUUUUACACGGGUAAAUACAUGACCAAUGAUUCCAAAGCCACAAUUCAAGUGAAUGGAUUUACAAAAAUUGAAAUGGUAAGUGAAACCGUUUAUAUGCAGAAA